GCGGGGCGGGAUCGGCUCUGCGGCGGCCGCACCGCACCGAGCCGUGCCGAGCCGGCCCCACAGCGCCGAGCCGUGCCGGGCCGAGCCCCUCCGCGCCGAGCCGAGCCGCGCCGGGCGGACCGGAGCCUCCGCGCCGGGACCGCCCCGGGCCGGGCCAUGCGCUGAGGCCGUCGCGCAGCCCGCAGCCAAGGGCGGAUCCCGGGCAGGACACGCGGCAGCAGUAUCUCUGGGGCAAGAUGCCAGAGCAAAGCAACGACUACCGGGUGGUGGUGUUCGGUGCCGGCGGCGUGGGCAAGAGCUCGCUGGUGCUGCGCUUUGUGAAGGGGACCUUCCGGGACACCUACAUCCCCACCAUCGAGGACACCUACCGCCAGGUCAUCAGCUGUGACAAGAGCGUCUGCACCCUGCAGAUCACCGACACCACAGGCAGCCACCAGUUCCCAGCCAUGCAGCGCCUCUCCAUCUCCAAGGGCCAUGCCUUCAUCCUGGUCUUCUCUGUCACCAGCAAGCAGUCCCUGGAGGAGCUGAAGCCCAUCUACCAGCAGAUCGUGCAGAUCAAGGGCAGCGUGGAGAGCAUCCCCAUCAUGCUGGUGGGCAACAAGUGUGACGAGACCCAGCGGGAGGUGGAGAGCAGGGAGGGGGAGGCCGUGGCCAAGGAGUGGAAAUGCGCCUUCAUGGAGACCUCAGCCAAGAUGAACUACAACGUCAAGGAGCUCUUCCAGGAGCUGCUGAACCUGGAGAAGAGGAGGAACGUCAGCCUCACCAUCGACGGGAAGCGCUCCAGCAAGCAGAAGAGGACAGACAAAAUCAAGGGGAAGUGCAGCAUCAUGUAGAGCCCCGGACUGGCCCGCACCCCCACCCUGGUCCUCCCCUCUCCCCGCCCAUGACUGGACAUGGCAUUGCAGCGGAGCUGUCCCCUUGUCCUCCGUGCCAUCACUGUGACUGUGUGGGGACGCCACAGCGCACUGGCGGCGUGGGCUGCGCUCGCCCCAGGUCUGGGGGUGAAGACAGGGUGUCCUGCUGAGCUGAGGGAUGCUCGACCGCCCCACGCCCGGCACAGCAGGACCGGGGACACGCAGCCGGGCACCACCGGGGAGCACUCCCACACACUCUGCAGCACAAGUGGUGGCACUGGCCGGUCCCCGUCCCAGUCCCCAUCCCCUCCCCAGUGGGGGAGCCCACAUUUGUCCUUGUGGGUGGGAAGGACAGUGCGAUCUGGGGGUGUCGUUGUCACCCUUGGGGACAACCACACGCGUCCCAGGCCCUCCCCGCACCCUGGUCCCCAUGCCAUAGCGCUCUGCUCCUGCAGGCAGAGACCUGGGGUGGGAGCAGCCCCUGCAUGGUGCCUGCCACCCCCAAGCCCCCAGCCCCGUCCCGGUACCAUGGCCCCCCCCAAGCCCCCAGCCCCGUCCCGGUGCUGCAGCCCGGAGCCGCCAGCCCAAGCACAAAGCAUCGGGUCCAAGGGAGGUCCUGACCCAGCACAAUCCUGGUGAGCUCCAGCGGGAGACCCCUGGCCCCCCCACUGCCCCCUUCCCUCGCAGGAUGAGCCCCGCGGCCCAGCUGGGCUGUGAUGCCACGGUGAUGGGCGCUGCCACAGCCUGCUGCAGUGCCCCACCAGUGGUCAGCGUCCCCCCCACGCUUGCAGAGUCCCUGCUGCGGGGUGACCUGGCCCCACACCCUGGGGACCCCUGACCCCCCCCCAGCUCUGCUGCAGCCCUGCUUGUUCCCCCGUGGCUGGAGCGGGGUCCCCAUGCUGCCACCAGCCCCUCGUCCCAGCGGGGUUUGUCCCCGCGCUCUGGCCCCGUUCACCCUUCACCGGGGCCCCGAGGGGAUAUCCCCAAGGGGGUGUCCCCGAGGGGGUGUCCCCAGGCAGGCUGGGUCCCCCCCGCUGUGCCCAGCUCCCCUCAUCCCCGGCUUUUUACACCACCACCCGAGCGCCCAGGGGACAAGGUGACGUUACGAUGUAGCCUUUAUUCUAGAAAUAGUCUUCCUUCAAUAAAGAGAUGAGAAACG